CGGAUAUUUGUAUCAAAGCUGAGGGUGGUAUACUUGCCUGACUUAUCCUCGAGUGAUGCCAAAAAGAGAGACUGGUCCAAUGCCACGGAUAUGGGACAAGCUAGAGCAGCCGACUCCGGAAUUCUUGUGUUUGUCUGUCACACUCGUUUUUGUGCGUACUCAAUCCGAUCGCGGCAAUUGUCCAUCCGUCUCAACGUGCCUCGACCAGAGACAAGCGUCUAUGAGGGCUAGCAAGGAUUGUAUCCGAUAGAUCUCUGUGGGAUGGGCAAUAUUCUGGGGCCCCAGAGAACCAUUGACCAGGGCUGGUUAAUAUGUUCGCAUUGAUUCGUGGAUCAUCCCACCCCCACCUCCACUUCUACGCCCUGUAUACCCCCUUCAUCCCACCCCCGCCACCCGAGACGACCGACUGUUGUAUUGACCAUUUGUAGGGGACCACAUGCUUGCUGCUGUACAUAAGAGAUGCUCAGAUCAAAGCAAAGCACGAUGAAGACUUUUCGACUGUUUGAGUGCGCGACACCAAGGUGCAAAACUAAAUUUUGGACCAUUCAUUCUGAAAAUGGGCCAUCUAUACUUGUCUUUGGCUGUUAUUGCCAUAAUCGCUGGCUUGAUCCGGAUACUGUCAAUCGGUCGAAGACCAAAGAACUAUCCGCCUGGCCCGCCUACAUUGCCCAUCCUAGGGAAUGUCCAUCAGAUGCCAAGUCGCGAUGCCCAUCUACAGUUCGAGAAAUGGGCAAGGGAGUAUGGUCCAGUUUACAGCUUGAUGCUGGGCACAAAGGUCCUGAUCGUGUUGUCGAGCGAUGAAGCGGUCAAGGAACUUUUGGACAGAAGAAGCGGGAUUUAUUCCGACAGGCAGGAUAUGUAUAUCGGUCAAACUCUGUGCAGCGGAGGAUUGAGGAUGCUGAUGAUGGGGUAUGGCCCGAAAUGGCGAAAACUCCGCAAAAUGGUCCAUGGCCUCUUGAAUAUCACUGCUUCCAAGGAGUAUGUGCCAUAUCAGGUUCUCGAGAACAAACAAAUGCUCUUCCAGCUCCUCGAACAGCCUCAAGACUUUCUGAAGCACAUUCGGAGAUAUUCCAACGCUCUGACGACAACCAUGGUCUUCGGCUGGAGGACUCCCACGUAUGAAGACCCGAACAUGAAACAGCUGUUUGACGGGUUCAACGAAUUUGCCGAGAUGAACCAGACGGGGACGGCCGCACUGAUAGACUUCUAUCCUCUUCUGCGGAAGCUCCCUGACUUUCUCCUCCCUGCUCAGAAAAGGGCCAAGACGCUCCACAAGCAUGAGAAACAGUUGUAUCUCAAGCACUGGUUGAACGCAAAACAUGCCUUCGAAAACGGACAACUACAGCAUUGUUUCUGUGAGGGACUCGCAAAGGCACAGCAGACGGAUGGCUUCGACGACGACCAAGCGGCAUAUAUCUCCGGAACUGUGCUCGAAGCUGGGUCGGACACCACCUCUAGUACAUUGUACGCAUUUAUCCAAGCAAUGGUGCUAUAUCCCGACGUCCAGAAAAGGGCGCAGGCCGAGGUCGAUAAAGCUGUGGGAGAGAGACUGCCCACCAUGGAGGACGAGCCGAAUCUUCAGUACAUCCGUGCUUGCAUCAAAGAGUCGCUCCGCUGGAUGCCCACCACCAUCCUUGGCGCUGUACCACAUGCGGUGACGAAAGACGAUGAGUACAUGGGGUUCCUGAUCCCCAAGGGUGCCGGAGUUCUCAACAAUGUCUGGGCAAUCAACAUGAAUCCCCAGCGACACCCUGAUCCUCGUCGUUUCCAACCCGAGCGCUACUUACACGACACACUGAGUCUCUAUGACUCGGCAGCCCAUCCGGAUGGCACCAAGCGUGACCAGUUCACUUUUGGGGCCGGUCGACGUAUUUGUCCAGGCAUGCAUGUUGCAGAGCGCAGCUUGUUCCUCGGCAUCUCCCGCAUUCUGUGGGGCUUCAAUAUCGAGCCAGUGACGGAUGCGGCGGGAAAUAAGAUUCUACCAGACCAAGAAAAGCUUACCCAGGGAUUUGUGUGCAUGCCGGAGGAAUUUCCGGCAAAGAUCACACCAAGAUCGCAAGCCAGAGCCGACCAGAUCAUACGGGAGUGGAAUGAAGCCCAGGACCGGUUUUUGGACCCUCAGACAAAACAGUGGUUGCACAAGCCUCAAGUGUCAGACUUGAAAUAGGCGCCAGAAAGCAUGAAUCCGACUGAAUUCCCCUUCUGAUUUCUUCAGUUAUCUCGUGUAUAAACUGCUCGAUUGAUGUAUUUGAUAAAAGUGUAACGCAAGCAUGUUUGUGAUCAAUGC